AUGGGCGACGCCGACAUCUCAACUUCACAAUGGCGCUUGGUCGAGACGGGUCGCGUUGUUCUCUUCAGCACCGGCCCAUACAAGGGACGUCUCGCUGUCAUCGUCGAGAUAAUAGACCACAAGCGCGUUCUUGUUGAUGGCCCGUCGGACACCCCUUCCAAAGCCGUUCCGCGUCACUCCGCCGCCCUCUCACACGUAUCCCUCGCACCGAUUGUCAUUGCGAAGCUUCCCCGCGGUGCAGGCUCGGGCGCCGUCAAGGCUGCAUGGGAAAAGGCGGAGGUCGAGGGCAAGUGGGAGAACAGUGCAUGGGCCAAGAACCGGGACCGCAUGGCGAAGCGCCGGCAGUUGAACGAUUUCGAGAAGUUCAAGGUGAUGAGGCUGAGGAAGCAGGCCCGCUUCGAGGUCCAGAAGUCGCUUGCAAAGGUUCGUGCUUCGGCAAAGGCAUGA